AGCCGUUGGACCGAAAGGGAUAACUGGUUUUGAGGAAGGAUUCAUUGCAUGUUUCUAAAGACAAUGAAUCUGUAGAAGCCGUUCUUCUCAUAUAUAUAUAUAUAUAUAUAUGUACAUAUUUCUUUCUUCCUUCCUCAUUACUUACCCAACAAACCAUUUUACCAAAUAUCAAUACUCAAUUCUCUCUUCUUCUCAUCUUCUUGUUUAUCUUUUUUUGCCCUACUUUGUUAGGGUUUCAAGUUCUUGCUUUCUUUCUUUCGGUGAUGCAUUCAACCUUUCUUGCUUCUCUUUUGAUCUUCGUCUUCUUGGCUUAUUUGCUGGUUGUUGCAAGUUUUUCUGGUUUUGGGCCUCUUAAUUUAUUUGGAUUUCAAUCAUGCCUGCUCUCGUUAACUACACUGGAGAUGAUGAAUUCUAUCCUGGGGUGUCUUUUCGUGCAAAUCCAAUCGACUUGGGUCGAUUAUAUUCAAUUGGCUCCCAUGUGGAUAUAUACAGCCCUCCCUGUAAGCGGGCCCGCAUUAGUUCCCCAUUUCUUUGUGGAAUCGCCGAACUCGAGCAGAAUAAGCAGCCAUCAAUUGACGUUCUUCCAGAUGAAUGCCUCUUUGAGAUCUUCAGGCGCAUCCCUGGAGGCAAAGAGAGGAGUGCCUGUGCUUGUGUCUCCAAGCGCUGGCUUAUGCUAUUGAGCAGUAUCAGGAGGGCUGAAAUUUGCAAGAGCAAUAGCACAGCUGCAGACAGCGAGACAACAGUUAAUGUUUCUGAUGAUGUUGAAAUGGUUUCUUGUGAUCAAAAUGGGGAAAUUGGGGGCGAUGGGUACCUGACAAGGUCUUUGGAAGGGAAGAAAGCAACAGAUAUGAGACUUGCUGCAAUCUCUGUUGGAACUAGCGGCCGUGGGGGGUUAGGCAAGCUUCUUAUUCGGGGAAGCAACUCUGUUCGUGGAGUCACCAACGUUGGUUUAUCAGCAAUAGCUCGUGGUUGCCCAUCUUUGAGGGCUCUUUCUAUGUGGGAUGUGCCUUCUGUUGGGGAUGAAGGUCUAUUUGAGGUGGCCAAAGAAUGCCAUUUGUUGGAAAAGCUUGACCUUUGCAAUUGUCCUUCAAUAUCCAACAAAGGUUUGAUUGCAAUUGCUGAGAACUGUCCUAACUUGAAUUCUUUGAACAUUGAAUCUUGUCCAAAGAUAGGUAAUGAGGGCUUACAAGCUAUUGGGAAGUAUUGUCUCAAGCUGCAGUCCAUCUCUAUUAAAGACUGCCCUCUUGUUGGGGAUAAUGGAGUAUCAACUUUAUUGUCAUCAUCUACAUCUGUAUUAACUAGAGUGAAGCUUCAGGCAUUGAGCAUCACAGAUUUCUCUCUUGCCUUAAUCGGGCACUAUGGAAAGGCUGUGACCAAUCUUGUCCUCAGUAGUCUACAGCAUGUGAGUGAGAAGGGCUUUUGGGUCAUGGGUAAUGCUCGAGGUUUGCAGAAAUUGUCGUCUUUGACAGUUUCUUCUUGUCGGGGGAUAACAGAUGUGAGUCUUGAAACAAUGGCAAAGGGCUGUACAAACCUGAAGCAGAUGUGCCUUCGUAAAUGUUGCUUUGUGUCAGACAAUGGGCUGAUCUCUUUUGUCAAAGCUGCAGGAUCUCUUGAGAGCCUGCAAUUGGAAGAGUGUAACAGGGUUACCCAAUCAGGGAUUGUUGGUGCAAUCUCCAACUGCCGGACAAAGUUGAAAGCUCUUAGCCUUGUGAAAUGCAUGGGAAUUAAAGAUGUAGCGUCAGGAAUGCUAGUGUCCUCUCCUUGUAGCUCUCUUCGGACCCUGUCCAUUAGAAACUGCCCAGGAUUUGGCAGCGCUAGUUUGGCUUUGGUGGGCAAGUUGUGCCCUCAGCUUCAGCAUGUAGAUCUCAGUGGCCUCUGUGCAAUUACAGAUUCAGGGCUUCUCCCACUUUUGGAGAGUUGUGAGGCAGGACUUGUCAAUGUGAAUCUUAGCGGCUGCAUGAAUUUGACCGACAAAGUAGUUUCAGCCUUGGCUGGGCUACAUGGUGGAACUCUUGAAUUGCUGAAUAUCGAUGGUUGCAGGAAGAUUACUGAUGCCAGCUUGGUGUCAAUUGCAAAAAAUUGUUUGUUUCUUAGUGAUCUAGAUAUGUCGAAGUGUGCAGUGUCUGAUUGUGGAAUUGCAGUCCUGUCUAGCGCAGAUCAGCUCAAUCUUCAAGUCCUUUCCCUCUCUGGUUGUUCUGAAGUAUCAAAUAAGAGCUUCCCUUUCCUAAAGAAAUUGGGCAGGACCUUGGUGGGUUUGAAUCUUCAAAACUGCAGUUCUAUCAGCAGCAGCACAAUUGAGCUGCUUGUGGAGAGCUUGUGGAGAUGUGAUAUCCUUUCCUAAUCAUGGAGGGGAACAGAAAGUGUACUUGCUCGGCUCGAACAGGACAGAAUUGAACGCCAUGGACUCUGCCUUAAGGAGUUCAAGCAUUCCAGUUGACUUGAUAGAUUGUACAAGGAUUAAGUUCUCUUAGCGAGCUCACAAGGUAGCAGCUUUCGGCAUAGGUUUUUGGCCCAUCAGCAAUUCCACUAGUAACUCUGGCUUGGUUGUUUUCCAGGGAGCUUUGGCAGAUCACUUCUCUUUCCUAUUUUUUUCAGGCUUUCUUCAGUUGGAAAGCUUGUUGUAACUGUUUAGCCCCCGUUGAUGGGAGGCCUCCUCUUUCAUUGCCAUGGUUUUUUUGAGAAUACAGUUACCAAGCCUUAGUUUAGAUUUUCACUUGUGGCGACUCUAUUGCACAUCAAGUCCAGUCCCUGUUCUGUGUUUGCUGGAUGUAACCAUGCGCAGUAUUUUAGCUCUUGUCCUUUGUUGUUUGAUGGUAUAAUGAUCCACGAUCCCUCGACCAAGUUUGCAGUGUUUCUGUCAUAUAAAGUUUACUUUGUUGUAAGUCAUAUAUUAGUCUGUUGUUUUAAUAAUUCAUCUUGGAUGCAAGUGUCUGAAUAAAGUGUAGUAGUUUCUGAAUAAAGAGUGGUAGUGCUUGAAACUUCAAACUCUUCUUAGGAUCCGGAUCUUGUGUGUUUCCUUUCAUUCAAGUCCUUUGUGUGUAAGGUUGCUUUGGCAGUUCUGUAUCUGGGUGCCUUAGAUCAGCAGACUUUGGCUGUUGCAUCUGGUUCAUCCCUUUGCCGCGAUAAUAAUGUUUUGUUUUGGUUAGGCCUGAUUUGUGCAGGCUUCUAUGUGAUUAUGAACUGUACUCUGCAACUACUUCAAUAAAGUGUGAUGUUUUUCUUA